AUGUCCGUCGACGACGCGCCCGGGCGAGGUCGCGACGAACCGCUCGAGGCGAACGGGAAGACGUGGAACACGCGAUGGCGAGACGAACGCGACGAAGACGAGGACGAUUCCACGCGCGAAGACGGCGCGUGCGUCGCGGUCGCGGACGACCUCGGCGCGGUGGACGCGAACGAUGACGUGGAUGUGUUCGAUGCGAGUGCGGCGACGGCGGCGGAGGAUGCGCUGAUUGAGGCGAGGCGCAGGCGCCGCGCGGAGAUCUUGGCGAAACACGGCGCGCGCGCGGGCGGAGCGCGCGGAGACGCGGGAAAACGCGCGCGCGUGGAUACGGUGGAGGAGCACGCGAUGAAAAGUGCGAGGGUGACGACGACGACGACGGAGACAAGAGCGAAGGAGACGAGCGAAGGGCCGAUGCGGAAGAAGGAGCGGGCGGCGCCGGCGGGCGACAUGUUCGGGGAGGACUCUGACGAGGAGGCGUUUUACCUGCGAGACGCCUCGGGCGAGGGUGAGGGUGGGGACGGGGCGAAGGUCACGGGGGGCGCGGUGGACAUGUCGAAGGGAUUGACGGAUAACUGGGACGACGCGGAGGGAUACUACUGUGCGCGCAUCGGAGAGGUGCUCGACGGACGGUACACGAUAACGGCGCAUCUGGGCAAGGGCGUCUUUUCUAACGUCUUGAGAGCGGUGGAUAAGAGAGAGGGAGAGAUGGAGGUGGCGAUUAAGGUGAUUCGUUGCAAUCAGACCAUGCACAAGGCGGCGCAGCUGGAGAUCGACAUAUUGCAGAAGCUCAGUGGAAGCGACCCGGAGAACAAGCGGCACUGCGUGCGAUUUCUCCGUCACUUUGAAUAUCGCGAGCAUGUCUUCAUGGUGUUCGAGUCGCUGUCUAUGAACCUCCGGGAGGUCAUCAAAAAGUUUGGGCGCAACGUAGGAAUCAACAUCAGGGCGGUUCAGGCGUACGCAACGCAGCUCUUCAUCGCUCUGAGGCAUUUGAAGAACUGCGGCGUCGUUCACGCCGAUAUUAAACCGGAUAAUAUUCUCGUCAACGAGACAAAGAGUGUUCUCAAAGUUUGCGAUUUCGGCAGCGCCAUGUUCGAUGGCGACAACGAGCUUACGCCGUACCUUGUGUCUCGCUUUUAUCGUGCCCCCGAGGUGAUUCUUGGGUUACCGUACUCGCACCCGAUGGAUCUGUGGUCCGUGGGAUGCUGCUUGUACGAACUCUUCACUGGAAGCAUCGCGUUCCCAGGCCGCUCGAACAAUCAUAUGCUUAAACUCAUGCUCGAGCUCAAAGGCCCAGUGCCGCAAAAGGUUCUUCGUCGCGCUCUUUUCACAGAGAAUCACUACGACCACACGGGCGCAUUCGCCGUCAUCGAGGAGGAUCCAGUGACGAAGAAGAGCAUUCGGCGUCUCAUUCGUGACGCGAAGCCGACGAAGGAUUUGACUAAAAUAUGUACACGUGAUGGCGGCAUGAGUGCGGAUGAACGUAAAAAAGCACUUCAGCUCGCCGAUCUACUGAAUCAGAUUUUCAACCUUGACUCGGAGAAGCGCAUCACCGUCGGCGAAGCGCUUCAGCACCCGUUCGUCGUGGAGCGAAUUCCGCCAGCGUCUCGAGCGCGCGUUGGUGAUGAGUGA